UCCAGAUUGAGGUCAGACAGCUAAGAAAACACUAAACACUAGAAAUGAACAGAUUUUAUGUGGCGUCAAAAUAGCACGCUUGCUAUAAUCACGCUUUUAAAAAGGAUAUAGGUGAGCUAUCCCCUUUGUCUCCAUUCUCACGUACAAUUAUUCGCGCGUGUGCUUGUGUGUGUGCGUGUGUGUGUGUGUGUGUGUGUGUGUGUGUGUGUGAGAGAGAGAGAGAGAGAGAGAGAGAGAGAGAGAGAGAGAGAGAGAGAGAGAGAGAGAGAGAGAGAGCGACAUGCCGAUGUAGAGAGAGAGAUUUUAAGCGUGGGUGUAUUUUCUCUUAUCUCUGGCUAUAGUACAACCCAGCACACAACGCAUUCAUGGAACAAGGCCAGGUGCAUUUGCUUACCUUCCGACUUUUUAACAUAUUAUUUGGUAAAAAUUUGAAAACAAAACAAAACAAAAAAACAAUAAAGAAACAUACUGUUUGCCAAAUAUGAACAUAUUUAAAAAGUCAAAUGUUCAAUUCCUUAACUUGCAGUUUGAACUCGGUUUCCAUCAGAAUGUCGGAAAGUAUACCAGCUAUCAGAAAGAGGCUAAUUGUGCUCGCCUUGCUGAAACCCCCAGUUUGCAAUGACCAUAUGUCCCAUGUGUUGGCCCAGGAGCCGUAAAGUUCCCUAUUGGGCAGAGGAUGUCUUCUCCACCCUGUGUGUUCUGUCAGUCCACUGGUUCACUAGUUCACCGUGUCAAUCCACGCUGCUACGCGCAGGCAGCGAGAAGCUGAAAGGUAGCUAGAUGGUAUAGGUGGAAUCUUUCGCCUGCUGGUUACUGCUGACUCUGACGAGACACACGCCAAAUUGGAGUCCGGAUUUUGCAGAUAGUAAAAACGGUGCACUAACGACCAUUCAUCUAUAGACGUCUAAGUAGUUUUCGCGUUCUGGCAACGUCUAUGACUAAAGACGAGCGAUACUAGCGAGUUUCCCUAUACUAACUGCCGAGUUUAUGUACGCUUUAAAAUAAUACGUAUGACUUUUAGCAUACCAAAAGUCUAAGCUUUCGUUCGCGCAGUUCUAAUCCCUCAAAAACUGUUGCGGAAAAUACAUUCCGUGACUUGUUCAUCUGUUCCUUGGGAGUCUUGAACAAAUAUUCCAAAGCCAGGGCCAUUUUCGUUGAAGAGACUGAAGGAAUGCUGGAAGUCAGUACCUGCGAGUUAUCUGGAAGCUGUAUCCUUGCGUAAAAUCUAGACGUAAAAGACGUUAUCUCGGUCAGCUUCCAAGAGGCCGUUGGAAAAAGACCGUCACGUGACAUCGGGUGCCAAUGUUCUUCCAGAAGGUCGUCAGGACCCUGGUAGCCGGUAACGUGAAUUUUGGAAAUGCAGAAAACCACCUACUACGACAACUCGACACUAUUCGGAGGUUAUUCGUAUCAGGGGGCCAAUGGCUUCAGUUAUGAGGCCCAGCCAGCGGCUUUCCCGAGCUCGGCACACCUCGAUGGCGAUUACCAGAGGUCUGCCUGCUCACUGCAGUCGCUAGGCACUAGCGCGCCCACACAGUCACAACACGCCAAGACGAAAGAGCUCAAUGGCAGCUGUAUGCGUCCCAGUCUACCAUCUGAACACCACCAACCUCCCCAGGUUUCUCCUCCUCAAAAUCCUGUGAACCCAACUGGAUCUAGUGCACCCCAGCAGCCGGGUGGUAGCGGCAGUGGUGGGACUGGCGGCGGAGGUACCACCAAAUCAUCCACCAAGUCAUCCACACUAGCCCAGAACCCAACCAUCACCAAGCAGAUAUUCCCCUGGAUGAAAGAGUCACGUCAGAACACCAAGCAAAAAAACAGCUCCCCCAGUGCAAGCUCAGCUAAUGCGGAGAGCAGUGGCGGCGAGAAAAGCCCUCCGGGUUCCGCGGCUUCUAAGAGAGCGCGCACAGCCUACACGAGCGCACAGCUUGUGGAACUUGAGAAGGAGUUCCAUUUCAAUCGGUACCUUUGUCGGCCUCGACGCGUAGAGAUGGCAAAUCUUCUCAACCUUAGCGAAAGGCAGAUCAAGAUCUGGUUUCAAAACCGACGCAUGAAGUACAAGAAGGAUCAAAAGUCGAAAGGCAUGGGCUCUUCUUCAGGGGGGCCAUCCCCAACCGGAAGUCCACCUCUGCCAAUGCAGUCCUCAGCCGGUUUUAUGAACUCCAUGCACUCAAUGGGCAGCUAUGACGCGCCGUCGCCGCCAUCUUUCAACAAGUCUCAUCAAAACGCAUAUGCCAUGACAUCAUCCUAUCAAAAUUCAAUGAAAGGUUGUCCCUCGCAACAGAAGUAUGGCAACACAGGACCAGAUUAUGACCCACAUGGGUUACAAGGUAACAGUGGUAACUAUGGGACCCCUAACAUGCAGGGUAGCCCCGUGUACGUAGGAGGGAACUAUGUGGAUGCCAUGCCGGCCACUGGGCCCUCUAUGUACAGCCUCAAUCACCUGCCACACCACCAAUCUGCCAGCAUGGACUACAACGGUGCAACACAGAUGUCGGCUAACCAGCACCACGGACCGUGCGAUACACACCCGACAUAUACAGAUCUGUCAGCGCACCAUCCUUCUCAGGGUAGAAUUCAAGAAGCACCCAAGUUGACGCAUCUGUAACAGGUUUGGGGGGAAAACAAAAAACAAAACAAUUUACAAUGAAGAAGAAAACAAACAAACGAGUAAACGCGAACCCAGGGGACGAUGCAAUGGGGUUGAAAAAGAUGAUCCAGUGGUUUCUUGCCGUUUCAAUCACAGCAGUUGGUGUUGAUGUCCUUCCGUUCACCUGUGAGCACAUUCAUUUGUUCAGAAGACAUCUUACAAUCAGUUAUGUAUGCGUAGAUCUGAAAGCCCUACUUUAACAAAUUAUGAGUAGUGGGUAAGUGUGGAUAGUGUAUGCGAUUUAAUAGAUUAUUUUUCUGUAUGACCAUGUGUGACUCCCUUUUACACCAUCGUUGGCAUGUGUGUAUUUUGUCAGUCUAAUGCCGAGUUCUUCACUGUAAAAAAUGCUUGAGGGUGGAGCAUAGCAAACUCUUGAAACCGGCGUUAGGAAACCACUGGAUUGUUUUUGUUCACUUCCCUUUUAUCCACAUACCUCUUUGCGUUUAACAGAUUCGCUAAACUGUCAUUUUUUUCUAAUUCAACUUCCUAAAACCAUUAGCCUAAAAUGCGUGUACGUAAUAAAUUUACGUAUAACAACACUUCAUUGUACACUUUUUUUGGACUGAUAAGUUAAAUGCUGUUUUCGCACUAUGCUGCAUAGAGCAUCCUGCCGUAAACCGACUAUAAUUGGGCAAUACUUACCAAAUUGAUACAGGGUAAAGAUAGACCAUUUGAGAAUUUAGUCAAUACAUAGUCGUCCCUAUCUUUCUCAAAUGGCUGUGCCCCUCCUUCCUUCUCGUCAAUUCCUAGCUCUCUCUCUCUCUCUCUCUCUCUCUCUCUCUCUCUCUCUCUCUCUCUCUCUCUCUCUCUCUCUCUCUCUCUCUCUCCCCACUGAGUUUGCUUACAUUAGCUUCACUAAUGAGAAAGGCAGACAUUUUCUCAUGUCUUGACUUUACGUGGAAACAGGGUAUAAAUGAACAAAAUGCAUGUCCGAGAUCCCAAGCAAUGGUGUUGACGUUUCGGUUUACGCCUAAUGCUUCCUCGGCUGGACAUCAUUGUUGCACUUAGAGUUUACAUUUUGAUGGAUAAGGAAAAAGUAAAUCUUAUUUUGAAGCGAAAGACCUUCAAUCAGCGUCUUUCGGUAUGUGUUCAAACGAACAUUCAUAAAUAUAUAUUUAUUUGUUAUAGCCAGUUUAAAUACUUUCUUUUUUUUUUAUUAUUUAUCCCUCAUGUAUUUAUAUCGAGAAAGUGUACUUUUUUAGUAUUUACCUGUUAUAAGGAAAAGACAUUGUGUUCUUGUCAUUGUAACUAAUUUUGGUUAUUGUAUUUUUAGAGACACCUAGGUUUACGUUACCCUUGUACAAAAACGACUUGACAUGUACAGGGUGCGAGGCAAGGGAAUCAAACCGUUCCAGCAUAGUCGAAAAUUAGACAGUAUAGCGAAACUUUUUUUUCCCUUUUUUUAAGAAGAAACCUUCAUUUGUUCUUUGUAGUUACAUUGAUUUUCUUGUUAAGAGUUGGCUGUUGAACAAUUCUUUAAUAAAAUAUUAUGUUAAUCAUU